AACUUUGAUAUUUGCAAAAAAAAAUCUGAAAGAAUAGACCUUACCGACACUCUCACGCGGUUACAAGUUUCCUUGUCAAGUGUUGUGUGGUUCAAGUGGGAGUUGAACAAGGUCUUUUUAUUGGCAACUUGUUUUAUUGCCCUCUUUAUUGAACUUUUAUCAUAACAUUAAGAUAUCCCCAGCUUCUUGUCUUUUCCCUGGCACUCAAACUCAAUUCACUGAUCCACCACAUGAGGCACUCAGAGAGCAUUUGUUGAUUUGGAUUUGGAAGGUUUUUCCACUUUGGUUACGGGAGCAACUUAACUUCCUUCCUUCUCUCCUUAUUUUCCACAUUGUACAAAUGAAUUUUCAGGGUACUUGGUAGUAGUGGUGCUUGACAAAGAUAUUGAAGAUGGGAAUUUUGAGUACUAUUGCAAGCUUUUUUGGAUUUGGAGUGGGAACUUCAAUUGGGCUAGUCAUUGGCUACUAUUUGUUCAUAUACUUCCAGCCAACAGAUGUUAAGCAUUUUGGAACAAGAAAAAGAUCGUGUUCUUCUUUCUGGUUUAUCAUUUUUUGAAGAGCCAAGAGUAUUUCAAUUGAGUUAUAUGGUAUUUCAACAUUGAUCCAGUAAUUCAACCUUUGGUUGAGCAAGAUGCUAAAACAUUACAACUGUUGCUUCCAGAGAUACCCACUUGGAUUAAAAACCCAGACUAUGACCGUCUCGACUGGCUUAAUAAAUUUAUAUUGUAUAUGUGGCCUUAUCUGGACAAGGCAAUUUGCAAGACUGCAAGGAGUAUAGCAAAGCCCAUUAUUGCUGAGCAAAUUCCGAAGUACAAAAUUGAUUCAGUUGAAUUUGAAGAACUUAGCUUGGGUUCUCUGCCACCAACUUUUCAAGGAAUGAAAGUCUAUGUGACUGACGAAAAGGAGUUGAUUAUGGAACCAUCAGUGAAGUGGGCUGGGAAUCCUAACAUUAUAGUUGCAAUUAAAGCAUUUGGGCUUCGAGCCACAGUCCAGGUUGUUGAUCUGCAAGUAUUUGCUGCUCCGCGUAUAACUCUGAAGCCUUUGGUUCCAAGUUUUCCAUGUUUUGCCAAUAUUUACAUGUCUCUCAUGGAGAAGCCGCAUGUUGAUUUUGGACUAAAACUGCUUGGAGCUGAUGCAAUGUCUAUUCCUGGCCUUUAUAGGAUUGUCCAGGAAAUCAUUAAAGACCAAGUCGCAAACAUGUAUCUGUGGCCAAAGGCCUUAGAGGUGCAAAUAAUGGAUCCAACAAAGGCCAUGAAAGUUCCAGUUGGAAUCCUUCAUGUGAAAGUUGUGAGGGCAGAGAAGCUUAAAAAGAAAGAUCUACUGGGGGCGUCAGACCCUUAUGUGAAACUCAAACUCACAGAAGAGAAACUUCCUUCAAAGAAAACAACUGUGAAAUACAAGAAUUUGAAUCCGGAAUGGAAUGAGGAAUUUAAUGUAGUCGUCAAAGAUCCAGAAUCUCAAGUCUUGGAGCUUACAGUUUAUGACUGGGAGCAGAUUGGCAAGCAUGACAAGAUGGGUAUGAAUGUCAUUCCACUGAAAGAGAUUACACCUGAUGAACCUAAAGUGGUGACUCUUAAUUUACUCAAGACCAUGGACCCUAAUGAUCCUGAGAAUGAGAAGUUGCGCGGGCAGCUAACUGUUGAAGUUCUGUACAAACCUUUUAAGGAGGAUGAGUUACCUCAGAGUACAGAAGAUUCCAAUGCAAUAGAAAAGGCUCCUGAAGGAACACCUGCUAGUGGUGGUUUACUUGUAAUUAUCGUCCAUGAAGCUGAAGAUGUGGAAGGAAAACACCACACAAAUCCAUAUGUGCGACUGCUAUUUAAGGGAGAAGAGAGAAAAACCAAGCAUGUCAAGAAAAAUAGAGAUCCAAGAUGGGGUGAGUCGUUUCAAUUUAUGCUUGAGGAACCGCCAACCAAUGAGAGACUAUAUGUUGAAGUGCAAAGUGCCUCCUCAAAGCUAGGCCUGCUGCAUCCUAAGGAAAGUCUGGGUUACGUGGAUAUAAAAUUGUCUGACGUUGUUACCAACAAAAGAAUCAACGAGAAAUAUCAUCUCAUUGACUCAAGAAAUGGACGAAUUCAAAUUGAGCUUCAGUGGAGAACUCCUUGAUGAUGGCUGGUAUCAGUUGCAUUGCACACACAAAUUCCCAGCGUACAUAAUUCUUUAAAGCACUUUUUCUUCUGAUAAGGUUUGGAUGAAAGCCUUGAAACUUGAUUCUCUAUGAGACAGAGAAAAUUAGGAGUAUUGUUAUUCUAUUGUUAAUAAACAGAAUAACACGUCAGUGACUCAAUACUGUCCUACGAGUUACGCUCACAUAGAAUGUUGUCCAUAACUCCAUUGAUAAUUUGAUCGAUAUUCAAGUUUCUGUUUGUCUGUU